UAUUUCUAGGUUAAAGCUUGUCACUCAAAAUGUUUCUUGCAUUUGCGUACCUGUUAGUAUACGAUUGUCCUGUAAUCAGAUCAGUAAAUUUUUCGUCCGUGGGAACUCACUACAUCAUACCAUGGCUCCCAGAAAGAAUCAACGAAGGAGCUCGCGGCUUCUUAUAUCUUUAUACGUUCUCUACUGUGCCAGUGGAGGUAUGUUUAAAAAUUCGAAUCUGGAACAGUGUUGAUGCCAUUACUAAUACUAUAGUUAUCCCAGCUAAGUCAAUGGUGAACGUCACGAUAGAAUCUUAUGUGGGCCUCUUAAAAACUAAACCAGUUGAGAAAGUGGAGUUCUUGAUACUGGAGGGCACUGGAGACUAUGGCCUGACAGUAUACAUUCAAAAGAAUAACCACAAUAUGGCGAGCUUUACGGCCAUAUCUGAAAAAUAUUUCGGCACAGACUAUUUCUUUAUUGCGAUAAAGGACGCCUAUAAUGAAACGACAAUUUGUGUAAUGGAUGAGUGGUUUAAAAUAAAUAUAUUCUGCAGAGGUGUCAGCUCCACGUAUUACAAGUUUUCAGAUUAUAGAUAUAAAAUAAGUCCAACAACUUCGUGUUCUGAACGUCAGAAGAGUCUCUAUAUAGGUACUGCUGCAUCCGACUGGGAAUUAAAGCGUCCGUUUGGUUAUCUGUUUACAUCCUACACUGACAUGAAAUUAGCAAGCCUUUCCUGUCUACGACCUGGCAAUGCAGUGUUUUCCUUGGAAAUGCCUUUGAUAACUGCCGUCUUGGGAAUGGAGUAUGUAACAGUAUCCAGUGGCCACGUACCCAGCUCUGUUUUAAUUGUGUCUACCAGGCCAUUAACUACCGUCAAGUGGUACACCACCAAGCAAGGAGAUUUCAAAAACUUCUUUUUUGAAAAGGAUAUGGAUAUCCUCUGGAUCAAUCACAAACCUGGAGCUUACCGCAUCGUCAGUAACUUCCCGAUCCAGGUAAUUCUGGUUUUCAACGAGUCCUGCCUUCAAAAAUCAGAAUCCGAGACUCUGAGUGAUCUGUCCAUGGCAAUUAUCUCCCCAUUCAAUUUGUUUUACAAUGUUUACUUUGUCGGCAUACCGUUGCUGCCAAACCUGAGUCAUUUUGUUUUGCUAGUCGUAACAAUGGAAGGCCUGACAAGUUUUCGCUUAAAUAGCUACGACUAUUCAGGAGAAAAAUGGACGGAUGCCAUCGGAUUCACGAGUUGGAAAUUUCUAGAAACACCGUUGACUCAAUGGUACAAUCACUUGAUUUCAAAUGAGAAGUUCGGCUGUUACGUCUAUGGAGCUGGCGAAAAUGCCGGCUACGCUCAUAGUGCCGGAUUCAGUUACCAUCCCCCUGUACCGUUCUGGACAAUGCAUUCAACAACAACGACGACACCGACUACUCCUACUACAGCAACGACGACAAGAAAACCUAUGACCAAAAAUAGCACCGCAGCCAAUUCCACUGCAGAGCAGCCGGAGUGUGCCUUCAGUAAGGAGAUAAUUCAAGGCGAUGGUGUUGAUAAUGACUGUGAUGGCAAGGUCGACGAGGAAGACUUAGACGAAAAAGAUGAUGACGAAGAUGGCCAAAUAGAUGAAGACACCCACCGAACUGAUGUGCCAUUUCUUCAAACCAACGCGAUCCUCAUCAUGAUAGUCCUCAGCUUGCUGGUCCUGUUUUUCUUGGCUCUUAUGUAUAUGUCCGGAAAGAGCCAUCCGCCAGUCACGACUGACCACAGCACAGCGUCACAAGACCAGUCUCAAUCCAACGAAGAUCGGACCACUACGUCGAACGAAGGUACAGUUUCCGAGUUGUCAAUACCUACAGCAUCUAAUUCACAAAUAUUAAUGUCGGCACAGGGAGCACAGACUGAAUGACUAGCGCUUUUGUUUUAGAUCUCGACUUCAGAAGUGUAUGAAACAUGUAAAUUAACU